AUGAUGGAUGUGACGGCCGUGGCAUUCUUUAGGAGGGCCAGGGCUGCAUUCGAAGCAAAAGCUGGGGUGAGGGCAAAGCUGUAUAAGGACCUGAGCAAUGGCACCCUCAAAGAAGGGUGCGUCAUCGCUCCAGCAGCCCCACAAGCGAAGGAGGUGGGGAAAGAGGAGGAGGGAGAUGAGAUCGAAAAGUGCACCAUUGACUGGGAGCAAUUUGGGAACAUCGGCAAGACGAAGAAGAAGACAGGUGAGUUCUCCAAGAGGAAGAGAAAGGGGAAGGGGAAGGCAACUGUGCCAUGCAAGGGAAAGGGCAAAGCACGUGCUGCUGUGGAUGCAAUGGAGGAGGAGGAGGCGGCGGACAGCAGUGGAGGAGAGGGGGAGGACGUGAUUCAUAAGGAGAAGACUCGUAAGGGCCACAAGCAUGGUGAUGAGCACGGGCAUGGUGAUGAGCACGUGCAUGGUGAUGCGCACGGGCAUGGUAAUGAGCACGGGCAUGGUAAUGAACACGGGCAUGGUGAUGAGCACGAGCAUGAUGAUGAGCACGGGCAUGGGGAUGAGCAUGGGCAUGGUGAUGCGCACGGGCGUGGUGAUGAGCACGGGCAUGGCGAUGAGCACGGGCAUGGUGAUGCGCACGGGCAUGGUGAUGAGCACGGGCAUGGUGAUCAGUACGGGCAUGGUGAUCAGCGCGGGCAUGGUCAUCAGCACGGGCAUGGUGAUGAGCACAGGCCUGGUGAUGCGCAUGGGCAUGGUGAUGAGCACGGGCAUGGUGAUGAACACGGGCAUGGUGAUGAGCACGGGCAUGGGGAUGAGCACGGGUUUGGUAAUAAGCACGGGAAUGCUGCAGCGCUUCAAGCCAUAGCGGCACCUCGCAUGGUGCAUGCGCUGCCAGCAGCGCUGCCCUGCAUGCUCACCCCGCUGAGGCGCACAGGCAUGACACGCCGGCAGGUCCGUGUGGGGGAGGUGCAUCUGCUGCAGCUGCUUGACGCUGACAUGGCACACGUGGUGAAGAGUGAGAGGGUGCAGGCAAAUGCAACUUCUCUGAUUGGAUGCCAUGCGCCGAUGCCAGUGAUGGCACGUGAAGAGCCCUCUCGUGGCAGUGAAACGUGCACAACCAGUAUGCUUCAUGGGAAAGACGAUCAUGGGGGCGACAGCUGCAGCAACGACCCUCAUCAUCACAGUAGGCACACUCACUCUCACGCUCACGCUCGCACCAGCAGCCAUGCUGCUAAUGCUGCUGGCAGCGCUGAUGGCAUUGAAAUCAGCAAAGCAGCAGCAGGAGGUGCGAUGGGGUGUGGCAGGCUGUGCUGCUGCACUUAUACGGAGGGCACUGGGAGUGCAGGCGAGAUGGUGGUGCUGGUGGGUGGGGGAAUUGGGAGGGGGACGGAGAGGAGCCAGAGCACAACUAGCAAGGCCUUCCAAGGCGCCUUGACGCACACCAAUAUCGCCGCCCCUGCUGCUACCACCCCUGCGGCUGCCACCCCUGGCGGGGCAGUGGUGACGUCAUGGGUGGACGUGUUGGGGCUGUGCUGUGUGGCAGAGGUGGCGGUGGUGCAGCAAAUGGUGGAGGCGCUGCCCGGCGUGCUGCAUGUGGCCGUCUCCGUGCCCACCCGGACUGCCCUCGUGAGCCACCACGCCUCCAUCACCCCCGUUGCUGACAUCGGUAAGUGGGUGAUGCCGGCACAGGCAAGGGUGUGGUAA